ACGACCAGCUGGGGGAAAAUACCACUAUUUUCCAAGAGGAAAUAUACCCCCAGCAAGGAUUACGUAUAUGACUCCCGCCCUUUCCAACUAAACGUAAUUAUUAUAAUUAUAAUUUAUAACACAGACACGGUGCAAAAAGCCGGUGUGUGUUGUGUGUUGAUUCAACAUGGAUGCUACUACUCUGCCUUCAUAACAAUAACAAUUGAUAAUAAACAAUAAACAAUAAGGUGGCCAACAAAUAAUUCAUGUAUCAAUUAAUGAUAAAAGAAUGAUCAAAGAUCAAAAAACUACAGACUGAUGGCAAUUUUUUAUUGGCCAUUAUUGUUAUCAUUAUAAAUACACAUACUUUGUGUUUGUAUAUACUUUAUUUGCAAAAUAAAAAACGACUAACGCAUUAACUUUGGGGCACCUUAUUUAGUUUUACAAACAGAAAUAAAAUGUGUGGUAUUUGGGCUGUUUUUGGAAUUAAAACAGACUCGUUAAAUAGUGUCUAUCAAAAUUUUAAUAAAAUAUCACAUCGUGGACCAGAUGCUUUGAGAAUUGAAGCUGAUAAUCGUAUAAAGAAUGGACAUCUUGGUUUUCAUAGACUUGCUAUAUUGGACAGUCUUUGUGGAAUGCAACCACUGAGACUUUUGCAAUAUCCAAAUUUAUUUCUUCUAUGUAAUGGAGAAAUUUACAAUUAUCGUCAGUUGGUUAAAGAAUUUGAAUUUACAUAUCAUACAAAAUGUGAUGUUGAAGUUAUUAGCCACUUGUAUGCCAAUGGUGGAAGUGAAAAUGUAGCAAAGUCAUUGGAUGGUGAGUUUGCAUUUUGUUUGAUGGAUGUUGAAGAUAAAAAAAUAAUAAUAGCACGUGAUCCAUAUGGAGUAAGACCAUUAUUUCGUCUUCGUAGUACUGAGGGUCAAUUGGCCAUUUGUUCAGAGAGCAAGGGCCUAGUUGGUUUGAUUGAUCAAAUGAAAGGAGAAUGGAGUCUUGAGCCAUUUCCACCAGGUCAUUUUGAGGAGUAUCGUCUACUGGCUGAUGGCAAUGUCAAGCUAUUAAAGUCAGUUUGUUAUCACAAGCCUGGAGAUAGGCCAAGUUUUAAUGUAUUUGUUCCAUGGAAUGAAUUGAGCCCAUCAGAUAAUUUGGAAAACAUAAGAAAAUUAUUUUCAGCAUCAAUUGAAAAAAGAUUAAUGGCAGAUAGAAGAAUUGGUUGUCUUUUAUCAGGUGGUCUUGAUUCAAGUCUAGUUGCAGCUGUGCUGGUUAAAUUAGCACGACAAUAUAAUUUACCAUAUAAAAUACAAAGUUUUGCUAUUGGAAUGAAUGACAGUCCUGAUAUUCAAGCAGCACGACAAGUAGCUGAUUACAUUGGUACUGAACAUCAUGAAAUAAUAUUUACCUGUGAUGAUAUUGUCAGUGUAUUAGAUCAACUUAUUUAUUCAUUGGAGACAUUUGAUAUAACAACAAUUCGUGCAUCUGUUGGAAUGUAUAUUUUGGCACGUUAUAUUAAAAAUAAUACAUCAACAACAGUUAUAUUUAGUGGUGAAGGAGCUGAUGAAGUUGCACAAGGUUAUAUAUAUUUUAGAGAUGCACCUGAUUCUCAUGAUGCACAUAAUGAAUCAUUGAGAUUAUUAAAAGAUAUUUAUCUUUAUGAUGGAUUGAGAGCUGAUAGAACAAUGAGUGCACAUAGUUUAGAAUUACGAGUACCAUUUCUUGAUCUUCAAUUUACAAAUUACUACUUGUCAUUGGAUCCAGCAUCACGACAGCCACAAAAUGGUGUAGAAAAACAUUUAUUAAGAUCUGCAUUUGAGGAUUCAAAACUUUUACCCAAUAAUAUAAUUUGGAGACACAAAGAGGCAUUUAGUGAUGGAGUUGCUUCAAUUAAAAAAUCUCUCUAUCAAAUAAUUCAAGAUAUUGUUGAAGACCGAGUUACUGAUGAUGAAUUAAAAAAUGCUGCUGAUAAAUAUCCUCAUUGUACACCAAAAACUAAGGAAUCAUUUUAUUACAGAAAAAUAUUUGAAUCUCAUUAUUCUGGACAAGCUGAACAAUUUACUCCAUAUUUUUGGAUGCCAAGAUGGGUCAAAAAUAUAAAUGAUCCUUCAGCAAGAUUUAUCAAGCAUUAUGCUGCUAAAAAAAAUUAAUUUUUUCGAUAUUUUUCAUCAAUGAAAUAUUGUUUUUUUUUUUUUUAAAUGAUAAAAAUAAAUAAUUUUUAUAAUGAAAAUUUA